AAAAUGUAUAGUAACAUAGACCCUUGGGAGCCUGGUUAUGGGCCACCAUCAGACAGAAGAGGUCAUAACAAUUCAGAGUAUGAGUAUCGUAAUAGUAAAUCACCACCAGAGUUUGGAGAGCUGAGAGAAAUAGAGCAUAGAGAAAGAACCCAUCGGAGUCCAGAUUAUCGAAAUAGUCAUCGGCGUGAAAGGGAUAGAGAUCAUGAUCGUUUGCGAGAUAAAAGGGAUCGUAGUCGGGAAGAUCGUGGUGGAGGUGGUGGAGGAGGAAACGGAGGUGUAGUCGGAGGAAGUGAUCGUAGUUACAGAGACAACCGAGAUGACCGUUACAAUCGUCAACGAGAAAGGGGAGAUCGGGGGGAUUCACCAGACCGCGAACGUGAUAGAGAACGUGAUCGUGAUCGUGAUAGGGAUCGUGAUCGUGAUCGCGAUCGGGAUCGGGAUCGGGAUCGUGAUCGUGAUCGUGAACGUGAUCGUGAUCGUUCUCGGCGUGAUAGAGACAGAGACAGAGACCGAGAACGAGAACGAGAACGAGAACGUGAGCGAGAGCGAGAUCGACGUGGUAAACGUACCGAUGAUCGCGAUCGCGAUGACGAUCACAGUAGGGAAAGUUCAGAUAUCAUGAUGAUGAUAAGUGAACAUGACCACGGUCGUUCUUAUGGUUCAUCAUCAAUGGAGGGUGUCCACUACAAGUCACAGACCCCAAACAACACCAUUAUGAUACGUGGGCUCGCCCAGCAUAUCACUGAAAACGACGGGAUUUUAAUGCUGCAAGAUCAAUAUCGUGCCCUAAUGCAGUAUAGUAUACCAAAAGAUAUUCAUUCUGAUAAAGCUCCAUCUAAAAAUACACAAGAUUGGCAUUGUGUUAAGUGUGGAGCUCAUAAUUUCAAAAGGCGUGAGACUUGUUUCAAAUGCUCAGCAUCUCGAGCUGAAAGUGAAGAAGGUGGUGAAGGUAGCGAUGAAAUAAGCUCACACCCUACAAAUAUUGUUUUACUACGUGGUCUUGAUGUAUUGACUACAGAGGAUUCUGUUCUUCAAGCUAUGAAAAAUGCAUCAGCGAUGCCUAUACGUAGUAUAAGAAUUGGACGUGAUAGUUUAACAAAUACAUCUCGUGGAGUAUGUUAUUUAGAAAUGGGUAAUGUUGUUGAUGCCAUGUAUUUACAUACUGCAUUAACAAAACAAGGAUUAUCUGUUGAUGAAAGAAAAGUUGAAGUAACUUAUUGUAAACUUAAUAAUCAAGUUAAUCAUUCAUCAAUAUGGAAAUCAAUGGAUAAUCAACAGCUGCAACAUCAACAUCAUCAACAACAACAACAGCAACAACAGCAACAACAACCUCAACGUUAUACACUUGAAGAUGUUGCGCAGUUAGCUGAAUACAGUGCAAAUAUGUAUGCUAAAACUCCAGCACAAAAAGCCCAUUAUAUUCAAUAUUAUACUCAAUAUUAUCAGAAUCAAAUAAGCCAAGGUUCAUUAAUAACGUUACCAUCAUUAAAUCAAACAGAUAGAGUUAAUGCUGCUGCAGCAGUUGCACAAUCAGCUAUACAGCAACUUCAAGCAGCUCGUAAAUUAGGUGAUGCCGAAGAAAUGAGAGGUAGGCCAACACCAACAGCACCAACUACAACUAAUUUAUCCACUGGAAGAGUUCCAGCUCAUGCAAAUGAUGCUAUACCUGAUGUCAGCACUUAUCAUUAUGAUGAACUAUCGGGAUAUUAUUAUGAUCCUAGCACUGGAUUGUAUUAUGAUUCAAAUUCACAGUAUUAUUACAACAGUCACACACAACAAUUUCUUUAUUGGGACGCAGAAUCAUUUUCUUAUCAACCAGCAAAGACAAAUGUUGGUGGAAUUAUUUCCGCAACAGGUGUAACAUCAGCAAUUGGAUCAAUAGGUGAUGCUCCAGGUAAUAAUCCUAUAAUAACAUACUCAGCUCAAGAAUCAUUAUUAAAAUUGGAUGAUGAUGGUAAAAAAAAGGAUGUUAAACAAGAUAAAGUAAAAGUCGCUAAAAAAAUAGCUAAAGAUAUGGAACGUUGGGCUAAAACAUUAAAUCAAAAGAAAGAAAAUGCUAAAAGUAAUUGGACUGUUGAUUUGGGAACUUCUGGACUAGGAGUCAAUAGUGGUAGUAAUGAUAACAAUUAUUCAUAUCAAAGCAAUUUAUCAGCAAGCGGUGGUGGUAUCAAUUGUAUCAGUGGUCAGGAAGAUCGUCAACACACUGAUUGGAUUAAAAUAGCAUGUUUAUUGUGUAAACGUCAAUUUCCAAGUAAAGAUGCAUUAUUACGUCAUCAACAGCUCUCUGAUUUACAUAAACAAAAUCUUGAAAAUUGGUAUCAAGUUAGAGGUUUAGAUCCAAAUGAUCCACAACAAAGGAAUAAUAAAUAUAGAGAUCGUGCUAAAGAGCGUAGAGCCAAGUACGGUGAGCCAGAUCCACCACAACCAAAUAAGCUUAAAGAAAAAUAUUUAAAAACACGAAUCGAAGAGGCUGAAUCAUCAUCUUUAUCUUCUAAUUAUAAUCAAGACUCUAAUAAAAAUAAUCCAAAUGUUAUUGGUUCUGACAAUGUCGGUAAUAAACUAUUACAAAAAAUGGGAUGGAGUGAAGGUAUGGGCUUAGGUAAAACUAAUCAAGGACGUACAAGUAUUAUUGAAGCUGAAAGACGAGUAUCAACUGCUGGUCUUGGAGCUAAAACAUCUACUUAUAGUGCUUUACCUGGUGAUACUUAUAAAGAUUGUGUCAAAAAAAUGAUGUACGCUCGUUAUCAAGAAUUAUCUGAUACG